CAUCCUCCUAUAUUAUGUCUGUGGAACCAACUUGUGAAAUGGUCUUGGAGACUCUAACCUCAUUGGCGAUUAAGAUGAGUUACUGACUGAGUAGAGUCGCUGGUCUGUUUACAUGGGAUUGUUUUGAUUUCGAAGCGCAUAAGCUAAGAAAGGGAGGAAUGUUGCUCGACAUAAUAACGCGAAAAUUGCCGUCGAGAUUGGUAAUUAUUCAAGAUUCUGUUGAAAACACUGGAAUAUGCCUCUGGAAAUCUUUUGUCAAACAAGCUACUUCAGGACCAAAUACAGUGUGUGUUUUAGCUCUUGAUAACAACAUAGCAAGACUCAAACCAUGUGAAGGUGUGGAGAUACUACAGUUCUUUGAUUUUUUCUCAUGUGAAGAAGAUUGGACAGACUCGAGAGAGAAUUCCAGCUCAGCUGUAAGUUUGGUGGACAAAUUAUCCCAUUUGGCUACAUCUAGCCAAGGAAAAGAAUUUAUAUUGUGUAUUGAUUCACUGUCAUCAUUUAUUCUGAAAACUGGGCUGAAUCAGUGUUACAGGGAUCUCCAAAACAUCCUUUCAUCAUCAGUCUUAAAAGGUGUCAGUGUUAAACAGAUGAUUUGUUUGGUUCACGAAGAUGUCCUAAUGAAUCGGGAUCUGACUAUAGCCCAGUUGAAACAUCUUGCAUCUACUUAUAUACAGAUAUCUGCAGUACAAGGAAAACCUGUAGCCACUACAAUCCACCGAAAAACAGCUGGCAAAAUAUCAAAAUCGGUGGAGCAUUUUCAUAUAAAUGAUGAAUUUUCAGUAAGUUGCACAAAAGUUGAUUUUAUGAAAAAAGUAACUUCUGAUGUCCAGAAUGAACCAAAAUCAACGUUCAACUUAGAGCUUUGUGCAGCAGAGAAAGAAGCUAAAAACCAGCUUGUCCUACCAUACAUUCGGAAGCAAGAUGACGAUGAAUCAAAAAAGAGUGGUGGUGAAAUAUUUUACAAGCUGGAAGAAUCUGAUGACUGGGAUGAAGAUGAUCCUGAUGAUGAUUUAGAUGUGUGAGAGUGGUUUUUUUUUUUCUCUCUCAUAUGAAAGCUGAGCUGUACCUAUGAAAUCAUAACUGUGAUUACAUGUGGCAAUAUAUUCACAUUAAGGUGUGGCAGAAGGCUUUGUAUGAUCUAGUAGGUUGUUGGUCAAAAGCUCUUAUAUUUGCAUCCAUGUGAUGAAUUAUGAGUCUUAAGACUAUGAUCAGGGAAACUUAAGACAUUAUAAGUGCUCGGAUCCUUAUUGUUCAGUGGCUUUUUAAGCUCAAACAACAUGUAAGGAAAUAAGUGUGUGAAUGAAAUAAUUACGUGUACAUCUGUUUGCAAUAGAGCAGUUAUCUUAUUUAUAAGAAGUUCACAGGUUUUUGAUUAUUGACAGCAUGAAAACUAAAUACUCAGCAGUGACUACAGAUUUUCUUGUAAUUUUAAUUCUGAGAGCAUUACUCUAAUAGCAGAAUGUAUAUGGCUAAAUACUAAACUGGUUGCAAAUUUCGCAAUUUUAUUUUUAACAUGAAUUUAAAAGUUACUCAUAUUUUUGAGCCCAAUAAAGAGAUUCACAAUAUUAAAUGUACAGUUUUUCAAGAAUGAAUAUUGUUACUUGAAGUAAACAAUUUUUCAACUAAUAAAGUAGUUAAUAAAAAGUA